AUGCCCCCAAAAACUACGUCCCCAAUUGGGGGCUUCAAGCUUAUGUUCAAGAAAUUGACGCCUGCCUUGUUCAUGUGUUGGAUGGUCACUGCAAUCCUCAAUGUACUCUUCGGCUUUGACACCACAAGCUUUGGUGGUGUCCAGAAUAUCCCAGCUUUUGGCCGAGAGUUUGGGACUCCGAUAGGCAAGAACGGCGCCUAUAUGCUCUCCGCAUCUCGUGCAUCUUUCAUGAGCUCUGUGGGAUUUGCUGGGAAGUUUCUCGGUGCUCUGUUUGGUUCUCCCAUCAUUGAAUCGAUCGGCCAUCGGUACAGCAUUUGGAUCGUCUGCGUCAUUAGCUUCAUUGGGAUUAUUAUCGAAUGCACUUCUCAUGAAGUUGCACCCUUUGUUGUAGGGCGUUGUAUUGUUUAUUUCAGCGUUGGUGCUGCUGAGAUCUGCGCAACUACAUACCAGAGCGAGAUUGUACCUGCAGCGAUGCGGGGAACUGUGGUUGGCUCAAUUCAGUUGUUCAAUCAGAUAGGGCAGAUACUGGCGGCAUUGGUGAACAGGAGGUACUACCAAUCAAUGGAACCAAAGGGUUGGAUCAUACCAGUUGCCGUCCAAGCAUGUGCCCCGAUUAUUAUUGUCAUUGGUGUUUACUUCAUUCCGGACGGACCUAGAUGGUUGAUAAGUAAGGGACGAAUAGAUGAUGCAGUAAAAACCCUUGAGAAGGUGCGGCCAAAAGCGGACGUUGAUGCUGGCCAUUGCAAAGAGGAGGUUGCCGCUAUUCAAGAAGCCAUCAACAACGAAACCGAUAAAGGGCCAUGGAUUGACCUAUUUCGCGGCACUAAUCUGCGACGCACUAUGAUUGCCACAGUCAUCUUUAUAUUCCAGCAGUUCACUGGUCAAGCCUUUGUUUCUAAUUAUUCACCCCGCUUCUAUAACACUGUUGGCCUAAGCAAACACGCUUUUGACUAUAACAUUGGGUCUGCAGUAUUAGGGUGGGUCGGUGUCCUGAUUGGAAUGUUUUUCAUUGAUCUUGCUGGCCGUCGAACGGUUCUUAUUGUCGGCUGCAUCGGCCAGGCGGUAUUUCUCUUCCUUGUUGCAGGCAUGGGCUUGCCAAAGCACCCUACCGCGGCAGCGGCAAACACUCUUGUUGCUAGUGUGAUGCUAUACAACUUUUUCUUUGCUGGAACAUUAGCACCAGUCUCCUAUGUUGUCGGAAGUGAAAUCGGUACAGCAGCUGUCCGUGAAAAGACAAUGGCUUUUACAACCGCUGUUAGUAUCCUAGCAGCAUGGAUUGUUGCAUUCUGUAUUCCCUAUAUCUUGGACGAUAUAGGAGCCAACAUCGGUUGGGUGUUUGGAUGUAUGGCGGCUUUGGCGACUAUCUUCACAUAUUUCUUCGUCCCUGAGACAAAGGGCCGAUCUCUUGAAGAACUUGACGAGUUGUUCGCCCAGCAUAUCCCAGCGCGAAAGUUCGCCUCAACGGAGACAGUGGGGCCCGGAAGAAGGGCCGCGGAUCUAGAGAACCUAGAUGCUGUGCAGAUUGAUGAUCUUAAGAGUAAAGGACUUAUGGGCUAA